CCGUCAUCAACCUUGUGGUCGUUGCAUUUACUCCGCGACGAGAAAUCGAACUGGACGUCGAACGAUGCGAUACCGUCGAGCUCGAACGAACCACUGAUCUUUCGAGAACGACGACUCCGUUUAUACUGUUACCAGCUCGGAUCGGAGAAACCUCUCUCCGCCGCCAUGAAUGUCCGCGAUUUGAUCCACGACUCAGGUCCUUACCAGCCUUAUCCACGUAGUAGAUCGGCCACCGACGAAUCAGAUACACGACCAGUUACGUCGCCAUUAGAUGCAAUGUUGUCUCUGGCUCCUUCGCGCGCCUCGUCGCCGACCACACCUCCAGUGCAGAAUUACUCGAGAAAGGCGAGUAUAGCGCUCAUUGGCAUGAGAGGAGUGGGCAAGACAACCUUAGGGACCAUCGCCGCCAAGGCUCUUGCUUGGGAACUUCUAGACACGGACACUAUCUUUGAGAAGCAAAACAUGCCAAUUGCCCAGUACAUACAAGCAUAUGGAUGGGACGCCUUUCGCAAAGCCGAGUCGAAUAUCCUUGCUGAAAUCCUCCGCCAGCAUCCUGUUGGCAAGGUCAUCGCUUGCGGUGGUGGUGUUGUCGAGCUAGAGGCCAACCGCGCCAUGCUUCAAAAAUUCAGGCAAACAGGACCCGUCAUACACGUUUUGCGUGAGAAGGAAGCCGUGCUCAGCUACCUUCGCCAAUCCACACAUUUUCCUCCUUACAUCCAUGAAACCUCGAGAGAGGCCUGGGACCGGAGAGAAAAGUACUUUCGCCAGUGUUGCUCGUUUGAGUUUGUCUCCCUUACCGUCCCCAUUCCGCCGGCUCCAGAGGGCUCGAAAGAAACUGUCACGCCGGACCAGACCUUUGCUCUCAAACCUGUGGAAGAAGAGUUUUUCCGACUCUUGCGGUUUAUCCACGGUGUGGAUUGUAACAAAGUUCCUUUGACUCCCCGUAGUCGCCGCUCAUACUUCCUCGCUCUCACUUACGAAGACAUCAGGGAAGCGGUUGACCAUUUGGAGGAAAUUUCUUUAGGUAUAGACCUAUGGGAAGUCCGUGCAGACCUUCUUCUCUCGCAGGAUCCUACCUUUAUUGCAUAUCAAAUUGCAACUCUGCGCCGACACUCUCCGCUUCCUAUUCUGUUCACACUCCGUACCCUCAAGCAGGGUGGUAAAUAUCCUGAUGUUGGUACGAAGGAUACUCCUCAAAGCCAUUUGAACAUUCUUUUCCAUGCGCUCACUCUCGGCGUCGAGUAUAUAGACUUGGAAAUGGUCCUCCCAGAUUCUAUAUUCUCUCACAUUGUGGAGCACAAGGGAAAUGCUAGCAUUCUCGUUUCGUAUCAAGACUGGAAAGGCAGCCUUAUUUGGACUAGUCCGCAGACACGGCAGCUGUACGAUAAAAUGGUCCGGAGAGGCGCAGAUAUCGUUAAAAUUGCAAGCACAGCGAAGACAUUUGAAGACAAUAUGAGUCUGAGGACGUUUGCGGGCACCAUUGAGAGGAAUCCUAUCCCCUUACUCGCCAUCAACAUGGGGCCUGAAGGCAAGAUAUCUCGAGUACUUAACACAGUUUUUUCCCCGAUGUCACAUCCUCUGCUUCCUCGAGCUGCGGCACCUGGUCAAAUCUCAUUCGUAGAUGUACAAUCCAUUCUACAUCUAGUCGGGCUACUACCUCCCAAGAAGUACUAUGUUUUUGGCUGUCCUAUUGCCCAUUCUAUGUCACCCACCAUACACAAUACCGCCUUUUCUACCCUAGGGCUCCCUCACACGUACGAAUUGAAGGAAACUACGUCAACAGAAGAGCUCAAAGAGGUUAUGAAAUCUUCCAGCUUUGGCGGCGCAAGUGUGACCAUACCUUUCAAAGUCGAGAUUAUGCCUUAUUUACAACAUAUAUCACGGCAUGCAAGGAUCAUUGGAGCUGUCAACACCAUCAUACGCCUCGCAGAUGGUGAUUUAAGUGGUGAUAAUACUGACUGGCGAGCGAUCAAAAUAUGUCUCGUCCGUUCACUCUCACCCGCAAACGUCGUCACCUCAAGCACGACCGCCCUCGUCCUCGGCGCUGGCGGUACCUCCCGGGCGACCCUUUACGCGCUUCACCAGAUAGGCGUCAUCAACAUCUUCAUCUACAACCGUACUCGGCCCAAAGCCGAGCUGCUCGCAGAGGAAUUCUGCAAGCUAGAUCCGCUGAUGAAGAUCAAGGUGCUGGAUAGGCUGGAUGUCCCCCUCCCGAUUCACCCGCUGCCGACGAUGAUCGUAUCCACGAUUCCGGCGACGUCGAUGAGGAAUGCGGAGCUUAUUGAUGUGGGGCUCAGAGAGGAGCAUCUGAGUGAUCAUGGUGGGGUGGCGAUUGAGUUGGCAUAUGAGAGGAGGAUUACGAAGCUACUGGCGUUGGCGCAGGAGAAGAGGGAUAAGGGGAUUGCGUGGGCGGUUGUUGAGGGUAUUGAGUUGCUGUUGGAGCAGGCGUAUGAGCAGGUCAAGAUAUGGACUGGGAGGCGAGCGCCGAGGACGAAGGUGAAGCAGAAAGUCAUGGAGGAGUAUGAGAAGGGGAGACGGACAAUGUCGUGAUAUUAAAGUGCAUCUUGCCGUGUUGUAGUAUAUACCAUAUUGUAACAUUAUUGGAGGAUUGUUAACGCAUCUAUCUAGCAACAUGGAUCAUGUCAAUAAGGAUGUAGGUAAUCAUACAGGGAAAUAGUCCAAGCUAUGAUAGUUUACAAGGAAAUGAGACAAUGUC